AUGCCCGCGCUCCUCGAAGACCCCUCCACGCGCAAUGCCCCACCUCCAUCGCACACCAACGCCGCAAACACACUCCUCCCACGGCACAUAAUGCUCCCCAAACACCCUUCCACAAAGGUAACCCUCUACCCACUCGCCAAUGGCCCCUCCAGCGUUCCCCGCGAUCUCAUCCGCUUCCUGUACGCGGAGUUCAAUGCCGAGAUCGUGCGCGGCAACACGUAUCCGAUGGAGCAGACUAUGGAGCUGGAGCAGUUUGCAGAGUAUUGGUUUGGGACGUUUGCCGUUGUUGCAGUGUUGGAUGAUGAUAAUGAGAGUAAUGGGUUGAGAGAAGGAAGGGACUGGGAGAGUGUUUGUUUGGGGACUUUCUAUGUCAAGCCGAAUUAUCCAGGCCGCUGCUCCCACAUCUGCAACGCAGGCUUCAUAACCACAGCCGCCGCACGUGGGAAAGGCGUCGGGCAGGCAAUGGGGGAGGCGUAUUUGGAGUAUGCGCCGAAACUGGGAUACAAAUACUCCGUCUUCAACCUCGUAUUCGCGAACAACCCGGCCUCGAUUCGAAUCUGGGAGAAGCUGGGCUUCAGCGUGAUCGGGCGUGUGCCCAGGGCGGCGCGGUUGGCGAAUAGUGAGGAGUUGGUGGAUGCGCUGAUUUUUGGAAGGGAGUUAGGGGUGUAG